ACAAAACAGUAAGAUGAACGGAGGAGACUCUCUGGGGCAUAUGCUUUUCUAAUAAGACUGAGAUUCCCAUUGCCUAUCACUGGUAUAUUGGAACACAAUACACUCUCCAUUGCCUCCCCCUUCCUUCUUCAAUCCCCAAAUCAAAUCUCCUGUUUUAGGACACCAAUGGAGUCCAUACAUAGCCGGGUGGAGUCCUGGAUCAGAGAUCAGCGGGCCAAGAUUCUCAAGGUCUCGUGGGGCCCCUUGCAAUGGCGGUUGCGGUGGCCGUGGAACAACGACGACAGGGAGCAGAGGAAGAAGAUCCAAGAAGAGUACGAGCGCCGAAAGAAGCAGCUCCAUGAUCUUUGUCUCGCCCUCAAGGCCGAGUCCGUUUUGGACUUACAGGACAUUCUCUGCUGCAUGGUUCUCUCCGAGUGCGUUUACAAGAGACCUGCUGCUGAGUUGGUUCGAGCUGUAAAUAAAUUUAAGGCUGAUUUUGGAGGACAACUUGUUUCUUUGGAGCGUGUGCAACCUUCUUCAGAUCAUGUUCCACACAGGUAUUUAUUGGCAGAAGCAGGUGACACAUUAUUUGCUUCAUUCGUUGGAACAAAGCAGUACAAGGAUGUCAUGGCUGAUGCCAAUAUACUACAAGGUGCUAUCUUUCAUGAGGAUGCCAUAGAAGAUGCUGAGGAAAUUGAAGCUUCUAAAUCUGAACAACGUGAAAGUCGAAAGGGAAAGUCAGAGAACUUGUGGAAUCCCCUUGAUACAAAAUCUAAGCAAAUAAAAGAUAAAUCUAAACCUGCUGUUCAUCGGGGUUUUUUGGCUCGUGCUAAAGGGAUACCUGCUUUGGAGUUAUACAGGCUUGCUCAAAAGAAGAAGCGGAAGCUUGUAUUAUGCGGUCAUUCACUUGGUGGAGCAGUAGCAGCAUUAGCUACCCUCGCCAUUUUGAGGGUAAUAGCUGUUUCAUCAUCGUCAAAGGAAGGUGAAAAGGUGUUAGUUAAAUGCAUAACAUUCUCGCAGCCCCCAGUUGGAAAUGCUGCUUUAAGAGAUUAUGUUAAUAGUAAAGGCUGGCAUCAUUAUUUCAAGACUUACUGCAUUCCAGAAGAUCUGGUGCCUCGUAUCCUGUCUCCAGCAUAUUUCCAUCAUUAUAAUGCACAGGCUCAAACGAUUCCUGCUGAAGCUGAACCUACUAAUUUAUCACCAUUAAAACAUAAGGAGGGGAUAGAGAAGCUAAAAGAGAAUCAUGGGGAGCAGUUGGUUUUGGGGUUGGGUCCUGUACAGCGUUCAUUUUGGAGACUCUCAAGGCUUGUUCCUUUGGAGAGUGUGAGGAGAAAGUUCAACAAAUACGGAGGAAAUCAAGUUGGCUCCGUAGAGAUGUCUUCCUCGGCUGAUUCUGUUGCAACAGCUUUGGUUGAAGAUGAUGUAGUUGAACCACAGUCUCUUGAAAUCCAAGAGGGCUCAGACGGCAUUUCCCUAAAGCCAUUUUCUGACACUAUUAAAGGGCCACCAGAUGUAGCAACAAGUGGAAAGUUAGCAGAACAAGAGAGUAGUAAAGGUGGGGAUGGUAGGAGCUGGCGCAGAGUGCCUUAUUUACCUUUUUAUGUACCAUUUGGGCAGCUGUAUCUCUUGGGGAAUUCAUCAGUGGAAUCACUGUCAGGUGCAGAAUAUUCAAAGUUGACAUCGGUCAGAUCUGUUAUUGCGGAAUUAAGGGAACGAUUUCAAUCACAUUCUAUGAAGUCAUAUAGGUCUCGAUUUCAGAGAAUAUAUGACCUGUGUAUGAGUGAUAAUCCUACAUCUUUCCUAGGAAUUGAGCAACUGCCGCAGUUUCCACAUCUACAGCAGUGGCUUGGUCUUUCAGUUGCAGGGGCUGUUGAGCUUGGCCAUAUUGUAGAGUCUCCAGUUAUUCGCACCGCUACUUCAAUUACUCCUCUUGGAUGGAAUGGACUACCUGGUGAGAAGAAUGGAGAACCUUUAAAAGUUGAUAUCACCGGAUUUAGGUUGCAUCUCUGUACACUGGUUCACGCUCAAGUCAACGGCAACUGGUGUUCCACUAGAGUGGAAUCCUUUCCCUCAGUUCCAACUUAUUCUUCAAAUCAUGGAGUGGAGCCAGAAUUGCAAAAGAUGCGAGUUCUAGUUGGAGCACCAUUGAGACGGCCGCCAAAGCAUCAGAUCGUGGCAGAUACAUUGGUGCCCAUGUUUCCUUCUGUUGAUUCAGAUGGCGCCAAUCUCAAUCAUGAAAAUACUUCGGGAUCUUUUCACGACGACAAAUUUAUCUGUCCUGAAGGUCUGAGUGAUUUUUCCAUAUUCUGUACCAGUGAUUUUGCUACUGUCUCUAAGGAGGUUCAUGUCAGAACUCGUAGGGUCCGGUUACUUGGCCUUGAGGGUGCUGGUAAAACUUCUCUUCUAAAGGCAAUACUUGGUGAAAGCAAGGUCCACACUGUCACCAAUAUUGAGAAUAUGCUUGCUGAGACCGAUGUUCAAGAGGGGAUUGCUGGUGGUUUAUUCUACUGCGAUUCAGCAGGGAUAAAUUUGCAGGAUCUGAACAGGGAGGUUUCUCGUUUCAGGGAUGAACUGUGGAUGGGAAUUCGUGACCUAAGUAGGAAGACAGAUUUGAUUGUUCUUGUGCACAACCUGUCCCAUAAAAUACCUCAAUACAAUCACUCAGAUAUAUCACAACAAAAGCCGGUACUUUCACUUCUGUUAGAUGAGGCCAAAUCUCUAGGAAUCCCUUGGGUCCUUGCCAUAACAAAUAAAUUUUCUGUCAGUGCACAUCAACAAAGAGCAGUAGUUGAUGCUGUUGUGCAGGCAUACCAAGCAUCUUUAAGCACAACUGGAGUUAUCAAUUCGUGUCCAUAUGUUAUGCCUGGUGCUGCAAGUGCUUCUUUGUCUUGGGGUGCAGCUGGUGGAGUUUCUGAUGGGAGGAUGGGUACUCAAACGCUUCUUUUUGCCCCAAUGAAUCUUGUUCGGAGGUCUUUCCAGAAGAAAGAUGUUGUUCUUCCAGUGGAGGGUGUCACCUUUCUCCGUCAGCUAGUCCACCGCGCGCUUCGGAGCCAUGAGGAGGCAUCUUUCCAGGAACUAUCUAGAGAUAGACUUUUGUUGGAAUUGGCAAGAGAACGUGCAAUUAUAGCAGAUGCGAGCGCAGAUUCCCAAGCCAAGGCGUCCUCCUUAACAUCUGCAGCGGUGGGUGCUUCCCUUGGUGCUGGUCUCGGCCUUGUCUUGGCUAUUGUGAUGGGUGCAGCAUCUGCCUUGAGGAAGCCCUGAGAAUCUCUCUCUCUCUCUCUCUCUCUCUCAUGUUUUCAGGAUUGAUAGAUGGUAGAAUAUUUCCUUUAGUGUCCAUUUUUCAGUAGAGUUAAUCUCCUAGGUUCGACUAGCAAACGACCAGCCAUUUGUGCAUUCUAUUCCCGGAUAAUAUUUGUAGGCAAGGAAGGAGCUCAGGCGUCUAUAUAUCGGAAGUUUAAAUGUUUAUCUAAAUCUAUGACUUCUGUCCUGGAUGUACAAAUUGUGUAUUCUGGUAGCAGUCCAUAACAAUGUCAUCGAUGAUUUCAAGAAAUUGCCCUUCCCCAAGAGCAUAUUUGCGCAUGCACAAUGUAAAUACCUUAACAUAGAAUUAAGCAUAUUGAUUAUGAACCCCA